GCCCCUCCGAGUCGGCGGCCAAGAAAACCCAGAGAGACCUGGCGGCUGCCGGAGAAGGGGGAGCCGCGCGGCAGGCGGAGCGCCCCGCAGCCCGCCCGAAACUUGGCGAAGUUUGUCCGCCGGCGGGAACCAACCGGGAGGCCGCGGCGCCCGGCGGCCGCUUGCGACCGGCGGCCGGCGAGUAUGUGCGAGGAGCGGGCGGCUCGCCGCGCCCCCGCGGGCGGAGCGGGGCGGCUGUGAGCGGGGCGGCCCGCGCCCCCGGGGCCUCCCCGCAGCGCCUGAGCCGCCGCGGACCCCGUCCCGCACCGCGCCUCGCCUCGCCGCGGCGGGCUGCCCCCCCGCCUCCACCCCCCCCGAGCUCGGCGGGCGGCGAUGGCACCGGCCGGGCUCUGACCGCCGCCCCGUCCGGGGCUCGCCGCCUCACCGGAGACCGCCGAGGAGCAUCGCGAAGCGAGGAACGCUCACCCACCCACCCCCCCCCACCCCCCGCGCCGCUCGCCUGCCGCCGGCUCCCGCCCUCGCCGUCGAGACUUCCGUGCGGUCCCGCCUGGACUCCGAGGAGCCCCGAGGAAGAGCCCUGGCCCGGAGAUCGGCGGCGCGGAGAGAGGCUCCGCGGCCCGGGCGGGGAGCGCCGCCCGUCCCGCCCGCCGCAGCGCCCUGACGGGGAGGCACCGCCGCCGCCGCUCGGCAGCGCCCCGCGCCCGGAGCGGGGCCGCCGGGGGCCGCCGCCCCGCACCCGCCGGAGCCGGAGCCGGGACCGGGGCCGCCGCGCCGGGGCACCCGCCGAGAUUGCUUUUGGAGGAGAGGAGCGCGGCGGAGGCGCGGAGGAGGAGGAGGAGGAGGAGGAGGCGGGAGAGGCGCCCGGAGGAGGCGGCGGCGGCGGCCGCCGGCGCGGGGCGGGCGGCGGCUCGCCGGGGCGGCGGGGGGACACCAUGUCCAAGCCGGUGGAUCACGUCAAGAGGCCGAUGAACGCCUUCAUGGUGUGGUCGCGGGCGCAGCGGCGCAAGAUGGCCCAGGAGAACCCCAAGAUGCACAACUCGGAGAUCAGCAAGCGCCUGGGCGCCGAGUGGAAGCUGCUGACCGAGUCGGAGAAGCGGCCCUUCAUCGACGAGGCCAAGCGGCUGCGGGCCAUGCACAUGAAGGAGCACCCCGACUACAAGUACCGGCCCCGGCGGAAGCCCAAGACGCUGCUCAAGAAGGACAAGUUCGCCUUCCCCGUGCCCUACGGGCUGGGCGGCGUGGCGGACCACGAGCACCCGCACGGGCUGAAGGCGGGCGGGCUGCACGGCGGGGCGGCCGGCGGGCUGGUGCCCGACUCGCUGCUGGCCAACCCCGAGAAAGCGGCGGCCGCCGCCGCCGCCGCCGCCGCCCGCGUCUUCUUCCCCCAGUCGGCCGCCGCCGCCGCCGCCGCGGCCGCCGCCGCCGCCGCCAGCAGCCCCUACUCCCUGCUGGACCUGGGCUCCAAAAUGGCCGAGAUCUCCUCCUCCUCCUCCUCUUCCUCGGGCUCGGGGCUGCCCUACGCCUCCUCGCUGGGCUACCCCGGCGCCGGCGGGGCGGGCGCCUUCCACGGGGCCGCCGCCGCCGCGGCCGCCGCCGCAGCCGCCGCCGCCGGGGGGCACACGCACUCGCACCCGUCGCCCGGUAACCCGGGCUACAUGAUCCCCUGCAACUGCAGCGCCUGGCCCGGCCCGGGGCUGCAGCCGCCGCUGGCCUACAUCCUCCUGCCGGGCAUGGGCAAGCCCCAGCUGGACCCUUACCCCGCAGCCUACGCCGCGGCCCUAUGACCCGCGGCCGGAGGAUGCCCGCGCCGAGCCCCGGCGCCCGUCCGGAUGGGUGCCGGUGCAUACGUGCGGCCGGGGAGGGGGGUGGAAGGCGGGGGGGGGGGGUGGGUGGUCGGGGGGGGGGGGGGGCCGGGGCAGGCGGCGGGGCCGCCGCCGACCUGUUGCGCGUCGCCCGCCGAGGGACGCGUGUGGCGUCCCGCCGCCCCGCGUAGAGCUUGUGUGUGUUGCAUGCGGUCUUUGCAGAUAGCCGAGCUGAAAAAGAAGAGGGGGGGGG